UUCGAUUGCUUCUGUCCUUCGCAGUUCAACUAUGCCAAAGAGGUCAUUCCCAUUCUAUAACAACUCAGCACAGCUGAUGAAAACACACGUUACUCCAAUGCACGUAGAAAAAGACGUUUACAUGGAAAAAGUUUACGCAAGAACUAAAGAUUUACUACUCAAAGGAGCAGAGGAAGUACAAAAGAAUGGUUACGUUUUGAAUGCAGAGCCUGCAAAGGAGUUCAAAUGUCACCAGUGCAAGCAGUUAAGGAGAGAAGCAAUGGUCACAUGCUCGUUUUGUGAGAAGGGGGUCUGCGCGGCCUGUCAUGGAACAUGCUUCGCGUGUGGAGCUGAAUUCUGUAGGAAUUGUUCAAUAGUCAAUUAUGGCGAUAUGGGAGAUGUGCUGUGCUGCCUUGGUUGCUGGAAGAGCUAGUCAGGAAAGAAAACAUAACAAUAUUCUUCCCCUUUCUGUAAAUAAUCUUAUAUAUGUUGUGAUAUAUAUUGUGAAGCAAGAAGAACAAGAAGUAAAAGAUCGGAAAUCUUUAUAUUCUAUAAAUAACAACACAAAUUUGCUGUGUCUUGUAUUGGGUGGAGUAUUGAGUGGAAACUAUGAUAUUUGUAAUAUCCUCUUUCUGUUUGCAAAUAAAUACAAAAAGCCCAAAUAGUCGUGUUCGUGAACCAGAAGAAUGAAUACAAUACACCAAAAACUAGAAUUCGACUCUGCCAAAUGGGAUGGCAGAGUCGAAAUUCCAGUUUUUGGUGUAUUGAACUCUUUCUGUUUGCAUUGUACAUAGUUAACACACUGGUUUGUAGAAAUAUUGUACAAAAACGUCAUUGGAAAUAAUAAACCUUAAAGCCAUC